AACCAAUAAAUCUCCAAGACAUGCUAUCGCGGGGCCGGAAUUUCCAUCAUGAACGGUCCGAAGAUAGACGCGGAGAGCCGCAUACAUGCAUCUUUUCUUCAGUCCCAUGACCUUGCCGCAUGGCACAUGCUGGGAAUAACAUCAACGUUUCCAUAAUGGCGAACAUCUCAAACGCACAAUCGUCGCUGAAUUGUCGAUGGUCCAAGCUGUUGGCAUGGUUGAAGACGCAAGGAAUGAAAACAGGAGCAGACGACUUGCUUGUCGAGUGCAAAGAAACACCCACUGCUGGGAAUGGUCUUUUUGCUCGAACGUCGUGUACUCCAUCUUCCUUGCUAUUUGCAGUGCCGCCUCAGGCAUUGAUGAAUAUCAAGACAUUAAAGUCUCUCUAUCCAACGUCCGGACCUACGCCACUAACCGCUACGCAAAUGAUAUCUCUGCACCUGUAUAUUAACCGCCCGCAUGGAAGUGAGGAUUCGCUAGACCCUCACUAUGGACCCUACAUCUCGACACUGCCUAGGGAGUUUGACAGUCAUCCUUUGACCUGGAUUGUUCGAUCGAAAAGUGGCACGGAGUCUGGAGGAGUCCUACUGCUGAGGUACCUCCCGCCGAGCGUGCAUGCAUCCUUGGUUAAGCUGCAUGACCGAUUUUGUCAAGACCGGGCUGUAGUCCGAGAGUACUUGCAGACUGCGAAUUCGUACAUCUCUUCAAAAUAUGAUACCCAUUUGGCCAAUAUCGAUGAUUCUAGUGCCAGCAAUUACGUGUGGGCUUGGUUGAACGUCAACACGCGCUGUAUAUAUUACCGGCUCAAAGCAUCGAAGGAGGACCCCGAUAAUCUAACUUUAUGUCCCAUCCUCGACUUUGCCAAUCAUUCUCCGAAUGGCUCGCAUAUGACUCCAGCCCCAUCAGAUGCCGAUAUUUGGGACACUGCGCCGGUAAAGCCGAUUGGGAGAGGAUUCAGAUUCCUUUCGCCAGCGGAUGUAUCUGUUCAAGAGGGCAAAGAGAUCUUUUUGGCUUACGGGGCUCAUCCUAAUCGCACGCUGUUCGUUGAAUAUGGUUUUGUCAACAAGUUAUUAGGCGAAGUCGAAAUUACGGAUGGUGAAGUGGACGUGCAAGAUGUGGUGGAAUCCUUAAUACUCGACCACAAAUCCGGUGUCUUCGUCAAAAGCGUCCUCGAAGACGAAGGUUAUUGGGGAGAUUGGACCCUAUAUUGCUCGGGGGAAUCAGCGCAGCCGUCAUGGCGCCUGAUUACGGCAUUAAGACUUUAUUGUCUCUUUGUCUCAAAUAAUACAAUCCAGCAUAACGCCAUUCAACCGUGGCGUGACGUCAUAGCAGGCAAACGAGAGAUAAUAUCUGAUGGAAACGAACUCGCUUGGAAGGAGUUGUUAAUCACGAUUUGCGAUGUAAUUGUCCCCAAAGCCCAGGCCAGUCUAGACAGUCUCAAGAGCGACAGCGCUGAAUUUGAAUUAUUGGUAGCCGCGGCUGUCAAACAGCGUGCACUAAGAGGGGACAAUUUUUGA